AUGGUUUCUGCCUUUUCAAUUGGUUAAGCAAAAAGAUCUGAUCCAUCCAUUAAAACAUUAGCACCUGGCCCCAAUGCUUAUUUACCAAAAUUACUUCCCAAGUAAUAAGCCCCAUAGUGGACGUAUAUGAAUAUUAAUAAUAUAGGAUUGGUGGAGCAGCACAAAGAAUAGGAAGAUCAACUUCUUAUGGACCAGGACCAGGCCAAUACCAAUAUUAAUAAAAAGUCAUAGAAGGACCUAAAUAUUCAAUAGUUGGCAAACAUUAAACCAAAUAAAUUUCUCUUUCUCCAGGGCCUGGAAAUUACAAUGAUGAAAGUUUUUGCUCCAUCUAUAGAAAACCACCUAUGUAUACGCUUGGAAUAAAGCAUUAUACAUCUGCAAAAGAGUUUUUGCCAGGCCCUGGAUAAUAUGAUCUCAAUAGUUCAUAUGUGUCUAAUAACUCUAUUAAAUUUCCGACUUAACCUAGACUAACAUCUUUAGAAGGAGGAAUGUCUCCUGGACCUGGAUGUAUAAUAAUUAUUAAUUUAGAAUACAACAUCGAUAAGGCAGUAAAGUUGGCUAUGGAGAAAACUUAACCUUCUUGGAUAAUUGGAACAUCCUAAAGAUAACAAGAAUUAAAGAAAUCUCAAAUAACUCCAGGUCCAGGAGCUUAUUAAUUGAGUGUUUUGUUAAAUCUUAAAAAGAAUUUUACUAUCAAAUAAAAAUUGUAAUUGAAAGAUCCAAAUGUAUCUGCUCCAGGACCUGGUGCAUAUGAUUCAGAUUUUUCUAUUAUAAAAUCUCAUUAUCCUACUUAUAAGAUUGGAACUGAAUAAAGAAGUACUAAGAAUUUACUUGAUAAAUUUUUGCCUGGACCUGGUUAAUAUUAUAGAGAGUAUACCUUUUUCUUAUCAACAGGAGAAUAGAUAGUUUGAGUUCUUUACAAAAAUCAGCUCCAUCAUUUAAAAUGCCAUAAGCCUUAAGAAAAGAUCUUAAUGACUCAAUUACUAUUACUCCAGGUCCAGGCUAGUAUUAAAUACCAAAAAUACGAGACAGUCAAAUGAUCACAAUGAAGGGUUUUAAAUACAAUCCAAAUAAUUCUGUUCAUUUUCCUGGACCUGGGUAAUAUAAUCCUGAUGAUUCAAUGUGUAAACUAAAGGAUGGUUCAGUUAAGAUAGCUCCUGAAUAAAGAUCAAAAGCAUUGUUAACUCAAUAUGUUCCAGGACCAGGUUCAUACUCAAUGAAAUCUACUCUCGAAGGACCUUCUUGGGGAUUCAAGAAAGAAAUUAGAUCUACUUUAAUUAAAAAGGAUUUUAAUCCUGGGCCAGGAUCUUAUAAUAUUCCACCUAAAUUUAAUGAUGUUCCUAAAUAUUUAUUAUAGAAAUGA